AUGCAAACAGUGCCUUCAGAAAACAGAAAAGGAGCAGGUUUACGAGAAAAGAAUGUGGGAUUUGAAGUGCCCCGGAUACUGCAAAUGCACGGGUUGAGCAAACAGGCAGAUGUAGGGCUUUGCAUUUUGGUGACCAACGGGAUUAAAGUGGAAUGGAUACGGAAAGAGAAAAUGCUUUACACGGGACAAAACCGGGACAAACGGGCUAACGAGGCCGAGGACCAGGGCUGGCGGGCCGUUCAGGGCGGAGAGGGGCCGACCCCGAGCUGCUCUUCCUCCUCCACCACUCACGUCUUCGCUCCUAGCAGCCCCUCUUCCUCCUCCUCCGCGGAGGCGCUUUCCGCGGCGGGUGCUGGCCUUUCUGGAGGCAGAGGCGGUGGGGGCGGCUGCCUGGCGUCCUCUCGUUUCCUUGGCAACCGGGCCUCCUCCCUCCUCUCGCGGAGCUCGGGGCGCGGGGCGUGCGGGCGGGGCGGGGUGCGGCCCCGGCGGUCCAGAGCUUACACGUGGGCGCCGCGCCGGUUGCCGUGGGAACGGGGCCGGAUGCAGCGCGAUGACGGCUGCAGGCGGGGAAGAGAUGCUCGAGGAGGAGGCGCACUGGCUUUGUCUUGUCCAAGCCCGGAUCCAGAUACGGAGGCCUUCUCUCCUCCCCUGACUGCCGCCCUGCAGUGCAAGCAUUUUUGGUUUCGUCACUCCCACUGCGACCAGACAGGCCUCCGUAUUACACACGCUGCACCUUAUUCUUUGCCUUUUACAACAUGGGCCUACUGCAAGCUAGACCAAAUGUACUUAGGUGAAGCCGGGUUUGAGCAUUUUUACAUCUGACCCUCGAGAAUCUCCCAGAAAUACCUAGGAUGUUUCCAACCCACAUUCUGUUCUUAUUCUCACUUGGCUAUCAAGUUUGCUUAUGAAAGCACUAACUGUAAGGAUUUAACCUACAAUCUCUCUCGAGGAUCUUUGUCUCUGAAAAGAUUCUAAGUUUUAGGAACACUGGAUUGAAACUAACAGUGACAUGCUAAGUAGGAAACAUGUUCUCCAUGUCCCAUGGAGCUGGGAUCCAUCUCAAAUAACGAUAAUUAUAAUGAUGAAUGAUAAUCAUUAAUAAUGAUUAAUGAUUUAACAGUGGAGGAAAGUUGAAACCCUGGGAACGCGGUUGAAGAGAAAUAACAGGACCAAGGACACAGAAGAAGAACUAGAAUCCGUGCUCAAAGGCAAGGCUCCUUAUAUCCAACACCUAGAUGUGGCCCACUAGUAAAAUAAAGCACCUUAGACCCAGA